AUUGAUUUGCAUAAUUGCGGUGAUUUGGGUUCAAUUUUACGCAAAUAGUGGAUACUUAUGGUUGGUUUUAUGUUUGAGCCUCGUUUCCAUGUUGGGAUACAUACGUCACAUUUUCGACCCCUCAUAAAUCCCGUCUGAGCGAGUUCCAAAGUUGCCACCAAAACUGUUCACGUAAUUUAGGGUCCCCUUAACACAUUCAGACUAGUGGCUUGCUUUCUUCAUGAAAUUCCCAUGGCAUUACACGUGCUCCCGGACUAGUACCAUCAUCCGAUGUCUAAACCGGAUGGCCUCUCUUGAAACAGUUCUUAAAAUAAGCAAAUAUAAUCCGUCGACUGGGAUUUCUGUUUGGCUAAUUAUUCUUGUGGCAGCUUUUCUGGGCUAGAGCUUGCGAACAGGCUCCCGGCAAGCCCCGCCCCGAUCACUUCGCUCUGGCUUUGAUCGGUAGCGUGUCUCGCGCCUAACGCUCGUGUCACGCGAGUACUAAACCUAAAUUCCACGCACGAAAAGGCUUGGUUACCAUUGCUAGCGAUUGAUCGGAUGGUUCUGUCUUGCGCCAAAAAAAGAAGAAGAAGAAAAAAACGAAAAGGUAGGGGAGAAAAGAAUACGUCCUUUGACAAUACCGGUGCAACAAUUGAAGAACGCUGACACAGCUCGUUUAAUUUGACUGCCUAAAUCUGUGUUCGAUUCAAUGUCAGAGGGCUUUUGAAACAUAAAACUGCUCAGGAAGGAAGGCCUAAAUGCAAUGAUAUCGAUUUCUUCGCCCUUUUGAUGGUCACGGCAUCCGUUUGUAUUAUCGUUUACGAUUCGUGCCAACAGACAAGACUUGAUAUGUCCGAGUACUGCUUUCUGCAAAGUGUAAACAGUGAACAAGGGUACAUGUACAUGAAUGCAAGCCAUGGCAGCAGUAAUAUCAAAGAAAGUAAAGGUGGUGGCUAUUUACGACUUUGACCCAUCAAAUUCUGUUGGUGUCUUGACGCAAGAUUGCCUUGAGAAUGCACCGACUGCUCAGGCUCAGUUGCCAUUUUGCAAGGGUCAGUGUUUUGAGAUUCUGACCAGGAAUGUCAAGUCUUGGUGGUUGUAUGUCAGAUGUGUUUCAAGCCAGAAAGAAGGGUUUAUACCAAGUAUCUGUGUUGUCCCUUUGAGGGAUGACCUGAGUGAUGAAAAACUUCAUUAUCUCAUGAAUGGUGGUGAUGUGUCUCCCUCAGUGGUUAAUUCACAGGCUAAUUCCAAGUAUUUCCCAAACACCCCAUGUGAAAAGACAGUAUCAGGAAGGAAACCAUGCCCAGAAGGGAAAGCUAAUUUCUUUUCACGCGUGUCAUUUUGGUGGCUAAACAGUUUGUUUCUAACUGGCUUCAAGAGACCAUUGCAGGACAGUGACUUGUGGUCGUUGGAGGAAAAAAGUCUUUCUUGUAAUAUUGUACCAAGACUUCACGGGGAAUGGGACAAGGAACUUAGAAAAAAUCAUGGGAAAAACAAAGCACCUCAGUUUGAUGAACAUGAACUUGAGAAGGACCAACUUCAUGGAACCUCUGAUGUUACUUUUGCUAGAAAGAAAUGCCAUGAUCCAUCCCUGGUCAAAGCUAUGAUCAGAGUGUUUGCUCCUUACUUUGUGAUUGGAAUCGUCUUCAAACUGAUCAACGAUAUAUUGCUUUUCAUUCAGCCGUAUCUUCUAGGACUCCUUAUAGAAUACACAGAGGAUAAAGAAAAUGAGGCAGACAAGUGGAAGGGUUAUGUGUAUGUUGCCUGUAUGGUUGUCAUAGCAAUCUUUCAAAUGACAGCAGUUCAACAUUCACUUCAUAUUGCAUUUAAAUCAGCAAUGAGAGUCCACACAAGUAUAAUUGGAGUUGUUUAUGCUAAGGUAAGUCAUCUCUGUUGAAGUCUGCAACCAUGUUAUUAAAAUUUGAUGUCCAAGGAUGGAUGCCAGAGAAAUAAUGGUAUAAGG